GGGUCUGUAUUCACGAGCAGUAGGAUUGGGAUUGGUGGAUAGGCUGAUGCUGUCGUCCAUCCCCACCAAUGGCACGGUACCAGCCGAUCGUGGUUUUGGUCUCGACUAUUGUACCUGUUUCGCAGAAUGUUGAACUGUCAGUGUCAGCGGCGGUCAGAACAUGGCUGACACUGUGCCAAACAGUAACAGUCAACGGUAUCAUAACAAUAUGAGGGUGUCGAACGGUCCGCGGGUCGUGACCAUCAACAAGACGGACACGGGGUUCGGCUUCAAUGUGCGGGGUCAGGUCAGUGAAGGUGGCCAACUGAGGAGCAUCAACGGAGAACUGUACGCCCCCCUGCAGCAUGUCAGCGCAGUCCUGGAUCGGGGGGCCGCCGAGCUGGCCGGCAUCCGCAAAGGGGACCGCAUCCUGGAGGUCAACGGAGUGAACGUCGAGGGGUCAACUCACAAACAGGUCGUGGAUCUAAUAAAAUCCGGCGGCGAUGUCCUCACGCUGACUGUUAUUUCCGUAACGCAACAGGAGGCCGAGCGGCUGGAACCAACAGAGGAAGGGCAGGGCUACUCGUACAUAGAUUACAGCGAGAAGCGUUCCCUGCCGAUCUCCAUACCGGAUUACAAUUACAAUGAGCGAGGCGGUGAACGGUAUGUCGCCUUCAACAUCUACAUGGCCGGAAGACACCUAUGUUCGAGGAGGUACAGCGAAUUCGCGAAGCUCCACAACGACCUCAAAAAGGAAUUCACAGGGUUUACGUUUCCUAAGUUGCCUGGUAAAUGGCCAUUCCACUUGAGCGAGCAGCAGUUGGACGCGCGACGUCGUGGCUUGGAGCAGUAUUUGGAGAGGGUGUGCGCUGUCCGCGUGAUCGCCGAAUCUGAGGCUAUGCAAGAGUUCCUCACCGACCAAGACGACGAGUCGAACAGCAAUCCUGUGGAUCUGAAGGUGCUUCUGCCGGAUCGGGACGUGGUCACGGUAUCGGUGAAGAAGAGCGCCAACGCGGAUGAGGUUUACGCAACGGUCGUUCGCAAGAUAGGCAUGAACAAAACGACGGCACGGUACUUCUACCUGUUCGAAAUCGUCGAGUACAAUUUCGAGCGCAAGUUGCAACCCACAGAGUACCCUCACAAUUUGUACAUACAGAACUACAGCACUGCGACGAGCACGUGCCUCUGCAUACGCAAGUGGUUGUUCUCGUUGUCCAAAGAGCUGACCAUGAUGUCCGAUCCUCAGGCCACCGCUUAUUUGUUCUGGCAAGCAGUCGAUGAGGUGAACCGAGGAUGCAUCCACGCCGGAGAGAGACUGUAUCAGUUGAAGGCGCAGCAGGAUCAGACCCGCGCCGCGGAUUACCUGAGUUUGGCGCGAGAACUUUCCGGAUACGGAGACGUCGUGUUUCCACAUUGUUCUUGCGAUUCUCGGAAGGACGGUCAUGUGGUUUUGGGCGUCGGCAGCGGCGGAUUGAAAUUGCACGCGUGCAGCGAAGAUGGUACCUUGGAGAGUCAAGUCGUGGAGUUGUCCUGGGACUCGGUGGCCCAGUGGGAGGCGGACGACGAGGCCAUGGCUUUCUGCCUCAAAUACAAUAGACAGGAGAAGGCGCCCAGAUGGGUGAAGAUCUUCACGCCAUACUAUUUAUAUCUCCUGGAUUGCUUCGAGAGGAUAAUGGAGGAAAGCAAGUGGGUGGACACCGGUGAACGUAUGGGCCCGACUUCCAUAAACGAAAUUUAAAAGAACGUUCCAUCCAGCAGAGGCAGCACGUUUGCAUUUAAUUAUCAAGAAAGGAAAGCAUUAAUGAAGACUAUAUUACUAAGUAUAGAAGCGGCAGAAGACUAUUAAAAACAAAUACAGUUUCCAUCCUCAAAUACACAAACACUUUUGACUAUCUCCGCGAAUGCCCAUCUCGGCAGUCGGUUAAAACUACUUGUUUUAAAAGUAGCUUAAGUACAUUUUCCUACGUUAUUGAUUAGUGCAAUGAUCAUAAAAAAAUGUAUUUAUUUUAUUUCUAUUUGUCUUUAUUACGGUGUAGUAAAAUACGAUUACUUUGAUGAACUUUAUGGUGGACUUUCUUGUGAUAGGCGAAUGAUGGUUUUUUCUUAUUGGACGUAAUUGGUUUGUGGCAUGCGGAGGAGGAGCGUUCUCAUCCAGCGGGCUGGAUUAUUGCUAGAAUUACGAUUGGCUAUUGUGGACACUUUUGAUGCUUUUCGUGUGCGUUGCGAAACGAUGUUUAUAAGAUAAUGAAAGAACGAUGAUGAUGAAGAAGAAAGAGGAUUGCGUUUAGAACACUGCCAGGGCGGUGCGUGAUAAUUCCCUCCCCCAAAAGACGAAGAACGAGACACAGCUGAACAUCAUAAUAACUACUACAACUACAUACAUUUAUAAUAAAAAAAAAUAAACAAAAAUAAAACAAACAAUAUUAAGAAGAAGAAAAGGAGGGAGAGACGAAGAGUAAAUAAACAUAUACAUAUCUGCGAGGAAAUAAUAGUUAUUAAUGUAAGCAUUUCGGUUUUUCUCCCUUCCUCUUUCUCUAAAUAAAUAAAUAAAUAUAUAUAAUAAGUAUAUAUCACACUCACUCAAUCUUUAAUUAAUU